AGAGAGAUUAAGCUGAAAAGAGCAUCAAUUGACUUCCUUCUCACUUGAUAUUCUAAAGUCCAGCUACAUAUCUGCAACAGUCACCAAUCCAUUCGACAUCCCACAAAUGGAAAACCCCCAGACAGACGACCCCUGGCGUCCAGGCUGGGACCCCCGGCGUCUCGCGACGCUGACGCGCCCAGACCCGCGCUACUACCGGUACGUUCCAGACCUGUCGGGCUACUUUGUAGUCGCGCACUACCAAACCCCGGACUGGCGGCCCGGCGAGGGUGACCCGAGCAGCAUCCGCUGGCUCCUCGAGGAGGCGCCCGAGCUUAUCGUCGACGGCCGCCUCAGGGUCGACAGUGAGGACCUAGACGGACAGACGAGGUCGUGUCUAGCAGGCGUUGGUGGUAGCGGUGCGGAGGCCCGAGUGAUGGCGCAGCAGAAGAGUCCCUCGAGUGCGCCACCGGUCGUGAGGCCGUUUGGCGGUCGGCCUGGGUGGAGUGGUGGUGAAUCAACCUAUGACCAGUCUUGUGGAGUUGCAAGGGACUAUCCACAACGUGGGCGUCAGGACUGGCAGACAGGUGAGAGCAAGUCACAGGCUUUACAGCGGCAUCAGAACCCUCAAAAUCAUGGCUUCCAGGGCCAGCAGUCGCAGUUUGAGCUUAGCAUGGAGCAAGGCAACAGCAAAAGAAACGGCCCAAUCCAUCACCAACAACAGAGGCCGACACCCCAAAGACACUCAAGCAACGAAAGCUCAGAAGACUCCCAGCGAUCUUGGAUCUGGCCCGAGAACAGCGACAUCGCCUUGCCAGGACAGCAAAUGGACCCUCGCCACAUGCGCAUUAGCCAGGACGUGCUAGCCAAGAUUCAUCGGUAUCCAAUGGGUCAUCCACAGAGUCCUUGGGGUUGGCCCGAGACCUCGGACGGGUCGGGCGUGACAGGAUUGACGGAAUCGGAGAGCAUUGGCAUGAGGGAGGCGCGACGGAGACACAACGCUGAGAUUGAGAAACGAGCGCCCCACCCGCAACGCUUUAUCCGCCCGUCAUCGCCCGGCACAAGCAACUGGGGACCUCGUCGAGACUCGAGAGAUGGUUCGACAUGGAGCAAAAAUAGCAGCAGCAGUUUCAGGGUGCAAAUGCCGCAGUGGCCCAGCGCCCAGCAGUACUCGGGCAGCCGCGACUCACCGUCAUAUCUGCAUGGCACGCAACGUAUUUCGGACGAGAGUUUGGAUUACACCGACAGUAGUGGCAGCGGCGAAACUCUCGACCAGAGGCGUGGGGAUUAUGUCUAUGGGGGUUUCGAGGAGCGAGGCAACGGGCGUGGGCCUUAG